GGCCGGGGCGGCCGGGCGGGGAUGUGGCUGGGCGUCGGACUCGGAGCCGGGGAUGCCUCCGUUGGACCCCGCGCGUCUCGGCUUGUGGCUGAGGGAUGGCGAACGUGCGGGUGGCCGUGAGGGUCCGUCCUCUCAGCAAGAGAGAGACCAAAGAAGGGGCAAGAAUUAUCGUGGAAGUUGAUGACAAAGUGGCAAAAAUUAGGAAUUUAAAGGUGGACAGUCGGCCAGAUGGCUUUGGAGAUUCCAGGGAGAAGGUUGUGGCAUUCGGCUUUGACUACUGCUACUGGUCAGUCAACCCGGAGGACCCUCAGUAUGCAUCUCAGGAAGUGGUUUUCCAGGACUUGGGGACAGAAGUGCUAUCUGGAGCUGCCAAAGGCUACAACAUAUGCCUUUUUGCCUAUGGGCAAACAGGCUCUGGGAAGACAUACACCAUGCUAGGAACACCAGCCUCUGUUGGGCUGACACCGAGGAUAUGUGAGGGCCUCUUCAUCAGGGAGGAAGACUGUGCCUCAUUGCCCUCCUCCUGUAACAUAAAAGUAAGUUUCCUGGAAAUUUAUAAUGAACGGGUACGAGAUCUGUUGAAGCAAUCAGAUAAAAAAAAGUCUUACACCCUUCGGGUCAGGGAACACCCAGAAAGGGGUCCGUAUGUACAAGGUUUAUCUGAACAUGUUGUUACCAACUAUCAACAAGUCAUCCAGCUCCUGGAGGAGGGGAUAGCAAACAGAAUCACAGCAGCCACCCAUGUUCACGAGGCCAGCAGCAGAUCCCACGCCAUCUUCACUGUCCACUACACUCAGGCUAUUCUAGAAAACAGCUGCCCCUCUGAGAUUGCCAGCAAGAUCAACCUUGUGGACCUGGCAGGCAGUGAAAGAGCAGAUCCCAAUUACUGUAAGGACAGGAUGACUGAAGGAGCCAAUAUCAACAAGUCCCUUGUGACUCUGGGAAUUGUCAUCUCCACCUUAGCCCAGAACUCCCAGAUGUUCAGCGGCUGCCAGAUCCUCAAUAGUACAGCCAGCAAUGGUGACUGUGGCAUUCCUAGCCCUUCUUCAGGGACCACUGUUCAGGGGGUGCCCUCCCGUCGAUGGUCUUACAUCCCAUACAGGGACUCUGUGUUGACCUGGCUACUGAAGGACAGCCUUGGAGGCAACUCCAAAACCGUCAUGGUUGCCAGUAAGUGGGGUGCUGGAGCUGCUUCAUGCUGGGACUUCUUUGUACUGUGCCUCAGACGAGGCCUUGGCCACCUGAGCUGCUUCUUUCCUCAAGGGUGUCUCUACUGUGUGCACAGCAGCAACAAGCCAAUGGAAGGGUUGGAAGGGCUUGGUAUGAUUUUUAAAACCUUCUCCUCUGCCUCAGCUGUGUCUCCUGCACAUACUAGCUACAAUGAGACCAUGAGCACACUGAGAUAUGCAUCCAAUGCUAAAAGCAUCAUCAACAAGCCACGGGUAAAUGAGGAUGCAAAUGUGAAGCUCAUCAGAGAACUUAAGGAGGAGAUCGAGAGACUAAAAGCCAUGCUGUUGAGCUUUGAGCUGAGGAACAUCAUUUCUUUGAACGAUGAAAAGGAUGAAAAUUUGAAGGAACUAGUUCUCCAAAAUGAAUUGAAGGUCAUCUUUCAUCUCCAGGUGGACGAGCUAAUUAAGGACUGGGCUCAGAAGUGGGAUGACUGGCAAACCCUCAUGGAGCAUUACAGUCUGGAUAUCAGCAAGAAGAGGGCAGGGGUGCUCAUCGACUCCAGUCUGCCCCACCUGAUGGCCUUGGAGGACGAUGUGCUCAGUACAGGCGUGGUGCUCUAUCACCUCAAGGAAGGGACAACAAAAAUAGGAAGGAUUGACUCAGAUCAGGAGCAGGACAUUGUCCUGCAGGGUCAGUGGAUUGAGAGAGACCACUGCACAAUCACCAGCGCCUGUGGGGUAGUCAUUCUUCGGCCUGCUCAGGGGGCACGCUGCACAGUCAAUGGCCGAGAGGUCACUGCCGCCUGUCGUCUGACCCAAGGAGCCGUGAUCACCCUGGGGAAAGCGCACAAGUUCCGGUUUAGUCACCCAGCAGAGGCCGCUCUCCUGCGCCAGCGAAGGCAGGUUGGAGAGGCUGUCUGCAACAGCGGCUCUUUGGAAUGGCUGGACUUGGAUGGAGAUGUCACUGCCUCCCGGCUGGGUCUCUGCCCUGUGCUUUGGAGGCAAAGAAAACUGCUGGAAGAGCCACAUGGCAGGAACCACCAGACACCAACGGAUGGAGAGAGUCAGCAACAACAGCACUAUGUGGAGGAUUUAAGGCAACAAAUCCUAGCAGGACAGAUCCAAGCUGAGAAGGAACAGGAAUCUGGCCAGGCUUGUGUCCACCAACAGACCAAAGGCAACCAGCAGUGGCUGCUCAGACAAGAACCCUGGCUGGCCAGCUUGCAGAAGCAGCAGGCAGACCGUGGCGCAGGGAAAGAACUUGAGGCCUCAGUGGCACCUGAUGCCUGGCUUCAAACAGAUCUUGAGACUCCACCAUCCCCACCGGUCCGAAGCCAGAAGAGGGUGGUGCGGCUGCAGUUUCUGCGGAGACUCGCUCUUCGGGCAGCAGAACGGAGCAUCUGGCACAAAAAGGCUUCAUUCCACCUGGAGAGAAUCAUUAGGAACCAGAGGCUACAGGAGGCCCCAAGGAGACUGGAGCAGAUUAGAGCAUCAUGCUGGCUUCAGGAUGACAGCCCCUCGAAGUCCCCAUGCCAGACACCUCUAGUCCCCGUGCCUCCACAUAGAAGCACAUGGGCAAGCUGCUGUUCUUUGGGUGUCGAAAGGUUUUGCAGCCAGCACUUGCCCCAGCUACACAGUGUUUUCCUGAAUUGGGAACCCUCUACCACAUUACCGCCAAUGCCUGACCCAGCUCACCACAAACCAGACAAAAGCCCACCUGCAGAUCCAGUUCACCAGGCUGCUUCCUUUCCACCAAGCAUAGGACAUCUGUGCAAGCACAACCUCCAUCUCACAGGCCAGGGGCAGCUCUGCUGGGUCAGAGGGGCCUCAGGCACAAAGAGAACCUCCACCCCAGACCCCUGCCUCACUGUGAGCAACCGCGAGUCUGUGGACAUCCAGGAAGUGGAGAGAGUAGGUCAACAGCACUGUCAGAUGGCAUCCCUGGGCUUAAUGUCUGUGUGCCAGUCAGUGAACAAGCUAAAACUAAAGGACAGACAGAAGACCUUGACCCCUGCCAUCCAGAUUGGGAGUGCUAAGCGACUAGCAGCCUCUAUCAGCCCACAAGCUGAGUGGCAAAAGGAGUGGGACCUUGGGACCCAUAAGGCUGCUAAGGGAGCCAUUUGCUGCCCCAUUUAUUCCUAUGGACCCAAGCAGGCAGCUGGGCAUGGAAAAGGGACCAAGACAUUUCAGGCCAAAUCCAAACCAACUUUUCCAAACAGGACAACAAAAAGGCAACACAAAAUACUAGCAGCUAGGGUCAGAGACAUUGCCAGACAGUCCUUCCAUUUGCCUCAUGGUAAUCCUUUGAGGAGACAGCCUAACUCAGGAAAUCCAGAUACCAUGACUGCACUCCCAGAUUCCAGCUCUGUAGUGGAUCACAGUGAAAAAGACAAUGAUUUGUCUGACUCAGAGAGCAAUUACUCAGUGGAUUCUCUCUCUUGUGCCUGUGCUGAAGCCCAAAGGGAGCCCCUGAAGCCAGAGGACCCUCAGGGGAAGUGGACUCUCCCUGAGCCAGAGAACUCUGAGAGUGACAACAGUCAGAUAUCUGAGGAUUCACUGGCUGAAAAUGGGUACCAACACCCAAAAGAACUUCUAAGGGAAAACCACCCCAUCAACCAUGACCACCCAAGGACUAGAACUCCAGCCCCCUUGCGAGGCUUCUGCACACCUUUAGACUGUAGUCCAUGUGCUGGGGCUCACAGAAGCUUUUCCUUGGAUAGCCUGAUCGAUGCUGAGGAAGAAUUGGGGGAAGAUCAACAAGAAGAACCUUGCCUUGGUUCAGCUGAUGAGAUGCCCGCAGAGACCUUUUGGCACCUCCCGAACUCAGCUUUUCCUCUAGUGGACCAGGAGGCAACACCCAGGCCUGGUCUCAUCAGUCACAGAAUAGAAGCUAGGCUGAAUGCUGUCCUACCAACUAGCAGCUCAUGUUACCUCGAUCCUCACUUCGAGCCCCCUUGUGAGCGCCCCGAGUCAGAGGUGGAAACAGGCUGCUUUGAGCAAGCUGGCUCUCCCCAAGGCACACAGCUCUUAAGAGGGAGCCCACUCGUGUCCAUGGAUUCCUGGUUUUCCUGUGACUCUAAGAUCAAUCCUGGCAGCCCCCUAGGAGCAGUGGGUUCAUUAUGUUCGAGUCCUGACAUCCAGGAGGCUCAGCACUCUGCUGAGGAGAAGCCUGGCCACAGGCUAACGAUGGAAGAACCAAAGCCCUUAGGUGCAGACGCAGUUCUGCCAGCCAGCUCCAGACUGCCACGGGGAGAUCCUAAGCUGCCCUGUGGUGCAAGAGAUGUGUACCCAGCCUCUCCUCUGGAUGCACCCAAGCUGCCAGCGUGGGAAAUGCAAAGGCUUCUUCAUCCAGGCAUCUUUCAGGGCGGAGAAAUUCCUGUCAUAACCCAACUGGGUGGCUCUGAAGUCUCCCACAAUUCUAGUAUAGCAGGUGUGAAGGAUGCCUCUGCCGCCUCAUUCGUCCAUGUAGGUGGCCUUCCCGAAAGAGCCUGGGAUACACUUCAGCAGAAGUACCUCUCUGAGCUCUCUCAUCCUGUUUUGGAUGCUGUGGGAGAGCUCAAGCGAGCUUUUUUCUGCUCUGAGGAAGAUUCCAGUUCCCUGGUUGAAGCUUCUGAUAAAAAAGGGGAUGAUACUCAGUUGCCAGUUGACCCUGGGGUAUCUAGCAGUGUAGAUGUCAACAACUUUCUAGUCCAUCUUUCUAGAACCAGGCAUUUGAGAACAGAGAAGGACCAGGUCAGUUCAAGUAUAAAGUUAGAAAGUGCUUCUGACCUUUUCACCGCUAGUGACAAAGAAGUGAGUUGCACUGGCGCAUAUUCAGCAGAUGUGGAGUCACUGACUUCAGCAUCAGUGCACGCACAGAUGCGUACCGCAGCAAACAAGGUACCACAUUCCGUGACAGACACGUACGAGGGACAGAGCAACUCAGAAGAGUGCUUUCAGGGUAGCUGGAAACAUGUACUAACCGCUUCCUCUGAUGAGCAUUUCUGUCAAAACAAAGUUUGUCACAGUGAUGUCUCUUCAGCCACCAAAGCAGAUGAUUGGCUCCCAGACCAGGCUCUCUUUAGGAAGAAUAACGAAGGUCAGGUGGGACCAUUAAGUCAAGGCAUCCAUCCUCCCCUGUGGGAAGAGAAGAGUGAUUGCCAAGAGAGCUCUGAAAAAGCAGGUGGAAGGCUCAAAAACGUUUCCUUUGCAUCGCCAUCAGUUCCGGAGCUCUACCUCCACUCUGCUCCCUGGAACCCCUUUCCCACUUCUCUGCAGCCACCCCCCCUGGAAACAUUCUAUGUAACCAAGAGCAGAGAUGCCCUGACAGAAACUGCCUUAGAGAUUCCAGCCUACAGAGAAGUCCAGGUGUCAUCCCCACUUCCUAGAGAAGCCUGGGGCUUUCAUCACAGCCACCAAGACCUCCAAGAACCUCAUCUGGAGGAUAGUUUGUCAAUGUCAUCACAAAGCUGUGAUCCCAAGAUGGCUUCAUUUCACCAGGUAACAAAAGACAGGGCAGUUGAUCUGUGUACUAGGGAAGCAAUUGAAAAGCUAGAGAAAUGCCUUGGAAAUAUUGAAGAAAGCCACAGUUCUGUUUAUUGUUUUUUUGCUCAUAAUAGACAUCAUGUCCCUUCUACCAGCACACACAUAUGUGAAUUUGAAAGUCAAGUUGGAAUUGUAAACAUAGAGCAUGAAGUGAGAGAAAAGCCUUCCACACAGAGCCUCUGCAGUGCUUCCCUAGACAGCUCUGGGUCUGAGAAGAUUUUUAUUGGUAUUCAAGAAUCUGAGGCCGAAGGGGAAGAAGAUCAGGGCCCAAGUGCGGCCCUCCUGCAGGCCCAGGCCUGUGAGGAAGGUAGACAGUCUCCUUCUGGAGUCAGGUCUGGUUUCAUCCAUGAAACCACUGAUUUAGGCCUGGAAAAGAACAUGCAACUGACAACCUCUGCUGCUUUGAAGCCCAAGUCCAGCCAGCUUAGGAUAAAAAUGACCAUGGCCCAGGGUAACAUUCCAGCCCACAAGUGGGAAAGAAAGAAUGAAACAGGACUUCUUGGAAAAGCUCUCUAUCCCAAAGACAGCCCAGAAGAGUUUAAGCUCCCAGGAUCAGAGGAGUCCUGUGAAAGAGUACAGUUGGAUACGUGCUCUCAGAAAAGACACCCUGGUAGAUACAAGGGCCCAAGAAGGUCACCAGUAAGGACAAACUCCAAAGAACCUUUGGGAAAGACGCAGAUGCAAAAUGUUACUAAUGCUGAUGAAAUGGAUAAGCUAAUUAGGAGUGUAAGGCAACUAGAAAAGAGCAUCUUAGAAAUUGAAUCCCAGCAGAGUAUUCGGCUUCGUGCUUCCCAUAUACCAGGAGUCAGUAAGGAAUUUGUGUCCCAGGACCAGAAGAGCCACAGGAGGGCUGGUCACAUCCUGAGGCCAGGCAGCUCUGGAAGCCAUUCAUCCUACGAAGAGCCAUCUAUUCCAAGACAGAUUGAUGAUGCGAUCUUUGGAUAUGGCAGAGCUGGGGGAGUAGAGGUUCAUGGUGACCAUGAGAUCACCAUGAGCUCCUUCAGGUCAAGUGAAUGUGCACAAGACUGUCAGUGUGUAGGAGUGCACGCUCACACGGCUGGCAUAGAGUUGGACACAGCCUCCAGCAGCACAUGUGACCCUUCAGGAAGAGGCACAGCCCAUGGGGAGUGCACCAACAUUGUUCUUUACCCAGGGAGAAUGAAUGACUUGGCGAGAGUUUUGCCAACCAGACUAGAGGGGUCUGGGAACGACACGAACCUGGGAAGAGAAUCCGCAAACUCCAAAGAGCAGACUUGGGACUUAGAGAGUUUUGAGGAACUAGAGACUGUAAAAGGUUUUCAGAAGAAUCAAAUUGCUGAAUGUUCUAGUAGUUCCGAGCCAGAGGACCCAGUAGUUCAAGGUAGACUUGAACAAAUGGCCAGGAAAAGUGGAAGGAGCCCACGGAAAGAAAAUAAUAUGGUUUUAAUAAAGAUUCAGAAAUGUCUUAAUCCAAGCCAGCACUGUUUGGAUACCGUUUCCAGCCAGGAGACUGUCUCUCCCAUACCAACCCAGACAGACACUUCCACAGUCACUUCUCAUCAAGACCCGAGGAAUCGUUCCUUGCCCUUGGUUUCUCCAAGGUCAGCCAGAAACCAUCUUCAUGCUUCUGAUACUCUAAAUACCUCUUCAGUUGACUCUCUGCCUACAAUGCUGAAGAUUCAUAACAGUCCCCUGGGAACCAGGGUAGGGUGUCAGGACCAGAGUGGAGGGACCAGGAUCUCCGAGGGAAGCGUUGCAAGGGGCUUCUCCACACCACCCACUGCUUGGCGUGGGUCUGAGAUACCCAUACCCAUGGGUUAUGAUGACCAGUCCAUUACAUCAGACAGCAGUAUUCCCCUGGGGACAGAGGACUGGAUGACAUCCAGCACCAGCUCCCAGGACCCAGGGAGGGACCACAGAAUCACUUUGGUGGCCUCUAGUAACCAGGAAGAUUUGGGAUCUGAAACUGAGGCAGCUGUAAAAAGAAAAAGAGCCAGUUCUUUGAGCAGAAUUUCUGGGCGGCUUGAAAAGAAGGUCAGCUUCCUCUUAGAAGAGGACACUGACCAAAGUGGGGAGGCAAAGGGGGAGGUAGAGGCGGCUAAAGACCAAGAGUCCCCCAGCCUUGCCUUCUCAGAACCCAUUUCCCUGCCACAGGGGCCUGAUACAGAGCCUCUGCUGUCAGACUCCUCGGUCCAUGCGUCCCUGUGCCUGGCCAUCCUGCAGGAGAUCAGACAGGUAACUUCCCAGAGAAAGCAGCUCAGAGACUUUGCCACAUUGGGGACAGUCCUUCCUUACUAUGAAAUGUCACUAGAGCCUGAAUGCUCUUUAGGCACCGCUGGCAGAUGCUGGCAAAUAGACCCAUUACAAGUGUCGGACAGGACCCGGAAUGAGGGUGAAGCACAGGGAUUGUCUGCUACACCAGGACAUCGGUCACCUGAUAAGCCAGAAGCGCAGGCCACCCUUCUCUGUGAAGAUGACUUUCAGCCUUUGCCUGAUCCUGAAAUGGACAAAGGGCUAAGGCAUCAUUCAGGGGCUUCAUCUCCCAGAGCCGCUGGCAACAAAGGCCAUGCUGGAGAACCGAGGCACUUCCGGGAAGCCAGUGAACAGUUUGUAUGUCACUCUGACUCUGAAACCACAGGGGCAGAGGAAGCCGCACCCAGAAACCCUUCGUGUACUGAUGCCUGGGCCUCCCACAGGCUUUCUUCGGCCUUGGAGUGGGACAAGAGGGGGCCCUCUCCGGGCCCUUGUCAUGGUCCUGAGGGGGUUUUACAGAGGCAGAGUCACUUAGCUGCAUGGGAGACUGAAGAGGGCACCUUUUCUAGAAGUUGGGACAACAGGCCUGGGCAGCAAGAGUCAAAGAGUCCAGAAUCGCCCUAUGGAAGUGGCUCUGGCAGCUUCUUUGUGACCAUACAGGGAGGAAAAAAAGCCCACGUUGAAAGACAACCUAUGGUAUGUGAUUUUCACAGUGCCUCGAGCCCCUCAGGGCCUCGUGACGAUUCCAUCCAGGGCCCUGAGGCCUCCACCGACUUAGAAGAAGUGGCAACAAGUGCAAAACACCCUGCCAUUCUGGCUGGAGCUCUGAGAAAGGUCAACAUGGAAGCGCGCACACAGCAACACGUGAAGUGGAAGGAGAAGACAGAGUCUAUGCUGGCACAAGCCUGCAGGACUGGCAGCAAAACUCCCAGGCCAACUUUACCACAUCCGAGACCUAGACCAGAUCCUAGGGGCAUUGGGGAGGAGGCCCCAGGUCUAUGCCAAAGUGAGACUUCAGACAGCCUUGUCUUAGGGAGCCCUGAACAUAGCGGGCCACUUGGCUCAUCCAGGCGGGAGGAAGAGAGCAAGACUUUUCCUUGCCAACCCCUAGACAGUGCUGUUAUUACUGCAAACGUCUGUUCCUUCCAUUCUUCCCCUUUGCCGUGUCGCAGAGAUGGUGACCCAAGGAAAGGGAUUGCCAGGGCUCGCCGUUCGCCCUUCCCAGAACCUUCCAGGCUGUGUGAAAUGGAUGAGGCAGGAGAGGGCUCUUCCACGGAGCCCGACGUGCCCCUGGCACGUGGCCAUGAGUUUAAAAGAAUAAAUGUAGAACGUGGGCCAAGAGACAGCAAUACUUUUGAGCCAAGCACCAGAGCUGCUGCCAUGUCUCACACUUGGGGCUGUAGCUCUCCAUUCACUCCCCGUGCCAGUGCAAGUUCCUUACCCCGCUCUGCUGCUGAUGGCCGCUCAGGGCUGGUGGGGGAUUCCGAGAAGAAAGGCAGCCGUGAACUUAACGGCUUAUACUCGGAGUCACUGAGGACGUCGACGGACAGUUCUGUAGGUGACCGGCAUGCACUGGCCUCUGACAUGGAGCCAGAAUCACCUGUAACAUCCUGGGGCCUCCACAGCCCAAAUGGAAGCAGAGGGUUUGCUGAGAGUGAGUUGGCGGUAGAAGAACAGCACAGAUUGCUAGAAAACUCCAUCAGAUCCCUUUUAGAGAAGAGACAGCCUAUCACUAAGUCCUUGGAUCCCCAAGCCACGUUUGUAGGGUUAAACCAUGGGUGCAGUCCUCAGGUUGACUGUGGCUGGGAGGAAGAAGAGCAGCAGAGGGAUGAGCCAUCUGGAGGUGGAGAAGCUGCCCCAGGCAGAAACCCUCCGCCCUCUGAUGAAGGAGGCUUGUGCCGCCAUCAGGUUAGAGAUGCUGGGAGAGCCGAGGUGGCUCUGAGGAAGGGCCCUGUAUCCCAGAGUGUUGAGGACACAGCUUCUGUGCCCCUGGAGCAAACUGAAGUUCCACAGCCAGCUCCCCAGAGGCCUGGCCAGUCCUGCUGCAGUAGGAAGCAGCCCGCCCCUCAGCACAGGCACUCACAUCCCAUAAUCGCCGUCUUCUCUGCUCCCCAACCCCGGAAGUCCUCCCCUAGACCCAGCUUCUCUGUGAUCAGCUCAUCUCGGUCCCUUCAGGAGCUAACGGCUCAUCCUUCCCCUAGAGAGGAGGACACGCAGAGCCUGCGUCCCAGCCGCCGCUCCUCAAGAAAGCCAAUGGCAAGAGCAUGUCCGAGGGCUGAGGACGGCAAUCAAACAGCUUCAUCUAACUCGGACAGUAGCCCUGCUGAUCACAGGGCCCAGAAACCUGCCAUCCCUCCUUACCCUGCAUCCCCCACUCACUCGUGUAUGCCAACCCCCAGCUGUGUGAGCUGUUGCAUGUAUGGCACUCUGGAACAGCCUCCACAGGGAAAGCCAGAGAAACCAGGGGCCCAGGUUAGGCCAGAGAACUGCUCUCCAGUGGACAAAGGGAUGUCAACCCUUGACUGCAACGACAGCAAUCCUUCUGUCCCUCCUUCGUCUUCAGAGGGAUCUGUGUGCAUCGGCUGGAAGCAAUAUGUGUUUGGCAGUACAGCGGAUCUCCCGUUCAAUCAGAAACAAUCAACCAUGGCCCACUGCACCAGCGUGGACAAUGGCCUUGAAGACCCGAAUUCCCCACUCGACUCCCAGCUCAGUGCCCACACCAGGAUUCUGUCAAGCGUGCACAGCAGCUCUGAGCAUGCCCAGAGUUGGGUUGAGGCUGGGAAAGUACCGAAUCCCUCAUUCUCUUUGAGGGAUCCCUAUGUCCUCACUGGCACCGGAGUGGCCCCCACUUCAGCUACCAAUAGAAGACUCCCUUGCCAGGCCUGCAGUGAUGUGGCAAGCUGUCCGCAGAGUGAGCUCCUGUUGGCUGAGGAGGAUUCCGCCGCUCCUGUGGAAGAGGCCUGCCCCGGGGAGCGAAGGCUGAGCACCUUGGAACAAGGCACGCAGACCCUGGGCUGCAGGCUCCGCUGGAGCUGCACCGACAUCUCCACGCAGCCUGACUCGGACGCGGUGUCGGCCUGUGACCUGGCCUCGUGGAGCAGCAUGCACAGCCUGUCUGUCCACCUCUCACAGCUCCUGCACAGCACCUCGCAGCUGCUCGGAAGCCUCUCCCAGCCAAAUGUGGCCCCAAGGAAGCACAUGACCAAAGUCUACCCUCCACAGAAGGCCCCGGAGGCCCUCAGGACGGAAGGAGGUACUCAGACGACUGUGGAUAAAGACAUCCAGACUGACCUCAUCUCCCCACUCCUUCCCGUCCCGGCCCCAGGGGCCAAGGCUGAGGAAGUGAAUGCGAUCCUUGAAGUGCUGGCCCCCGACAGGUCUCAAGGAAAAGACACUGUCCCAGUGGCGCUUGAGAAGAGAGAGACAGAGGAGACACCACCAAAGAUGGCAGCCUCCCCAGAUCUUCAUGAAGAAAGCCCGCACCUCAGGUUGCGGAGCCCACCGAGACCCUCGUCUCAGCCGCGGUUAAAGAAAGGAUCUCUUGAGCAGAGCCUCCCUUCUGUGAGCCCCAUGCCACCUCCUGAAGCUGCUCUGGCCCCUGCCUCCCAGCCAGGAUGCCCUGGCAUAGCUAACAGCCCCAGCAUUCCUCCCUCCCCAGGCCUCUUCCCCACUUCCCCAGAUGUCCCCCCCAAGCCCCGUGUCCAGAAGCCACCGGGCCCCGGGAGUGCCAUGGUGGACAGGGCCACCUCGCCGAUCCUCACAUUCCGCGCAAGCAGCCAGGAAUCGGGUCCCCCUCUGGGAUCUCUGGCUCUCUCUGCCCCCUCCUCGCCCCCCCUUGAAGGCCACCCGAAGCCUAACUUCAGCCCACACUUGGUUCUCAGUGCCUCAAGGCUGCCAAUGGAGAAUUGUCAUGAUCAGUUGAGUGGCUCCCAGAGCACACAAUCCCAGGGUCUAGAGCAGAAGCACUCAGAAAGGAGUCCUGACAGGCUCCUCCCUGAGGCAAGCAGCCCACAGCAGAGCUCCAGUGUCCAAGCCGGCAUCCCGGGGCAGGGGCAGUGCCCUGGGCAGCUGCAGCCUGUGGCCGCCACCGAGGGGCAGAGCAGACAGCCAUCUCCACCCCCGAGCAACCACAGGUCAGCUGAUAACUUGGCUUAUGCAGAGCCAGGCUCACUGAGCAGCGGGGAGCCCCGCCAAUGUCAGGGAAGUGCUCCGGCAGAGCCCUUGCCCACUUCGGACCCCUCCUCUUCAUGGAGGGAGCUGUCAGCUGACACUGCAGGACCUCGAGGCCCUGCCUCGGCCUCCCCCCAUGCCUGCCAGCCCGAGAAGCUGCCGCGCUCCACUUCCGAGAUGUGCCUGGUCCCUGAGCUCCAGCAUCAUAGUUGGAGGGACAGGUAUGGGGUUCAGGAUGACUCUUCUGGGGCACUGGGAAUGAGUGAGGAGCUGAGGAUCAGCUCAAGACAGAAGAGACGGAGGCCGCCACAACUCCCUGAUGAGAGCCAGAAUGUUGAGUGGUCCCAAACGGAACAGAUCCCCCUGCAAAUGGGGGUCCGGAAGCCCUCGCUGAGCACGGAGCUCACGGAAGCGAAGCUGCAUCGUGGCUUCGGGGAGGCGGAGGCCCUGCUGCAGGUGCUGCAGAGUGGGACUGGGGAGGCGCUGGCUCCGGAGCCCCUGACUUGCAACUGGGAGGAGCUGUAUGCUCGGCAGAGGAAAGCCAUCGAGACCCUCAGGAAAGAGAGGGCUGAGCGGCUUCAGCACUUCUAUCGGAUGCAGAGCCUCCGCCCCAAGAAACUGAGUGGAUUCCAGCUCACCAAGGGCCGCCCCACCCCAGAGCCUGACUUGCCCAGCCGGCGCCGGGAAUACCUGCAGCAGCUGAGGAAGGAGGUUGUGGAGACCACCAGGAGACCAGAGCAAGCAUCCAGGUCUGCUGGGCAAACCUCUGACAUCGAGCUCAUGCUGAGAGACUAUCAACGGGCCCGAGAGGAGGCCAAGGUGGAGAUCGCCCGGGCCCGAGACCAGCUGCGGGAGCGGACUGAGCAAGAGAAGAUGGGGAUCCGCCAGAAGAUCAUCUCCCAGCUGCUGAGGGAAGAGGAAAAACUCCACACCCUGGUCAGCUCCAGCCCCCUGUGCACCAGCUCCAAUGGAAGCCUCUCCUCGGGCAUCACAUCGGGAUACAACAGCAGCCCUGCUUGCUCGGGCCAGCCCCAGUCCCCCGAGGCCCUGGGAGACACAGACUUGUCCGAUUCCAGAGACACCUGGACAAGGGAUGGACGGGGCCGCCCGGCAUCGAGGAGCAGUCACCCGUAUGUGGCAGGGUCUGCCUGCAAGAGCUCAGGCUACAGCCUCAGAGCCACCCCAGCCAGCUGCUGCUCCCAGUCUAGCCUCUCCAGCUUGGUCAACAGCUUCUCCGCCGCCUCCUAUCAGGAUCUAGCCAAGCACAUCAUGGACAUGACCAUGGCCGAUGUAAUGGCUGCUUGUUCAGAUAAUCUUCACAACCUCUUCAGCUGCCAGGCAACAGCUGGAUGGAACUAUCAGGGUGAGGAGCAGAAGGUACAAGUUUACUACAAAGAGUUUUCUUCUACUCGGCACGGCUUCUUGGGGGCGGGUGUGGUGUCCCAGCCGCUGCCUCACGUGUGGGCAGCCGUGAGUGACCCCACCCUGUGGCCCCUGUAUCACAAGCCCAUCCAGACAGCAAGGCUGCAUCAGCGAGUGACCAACAGCAUCAGUCUGGUAUACUUGGUGUGCGAUACUACGCUGUGCGCGCUGAAGCAGCCACGGGAUUUCUGUUGUGUCUGCGUGGAAGCCAAAGAGGGGCACCUGUCUAUCAUGGCAGCUCAGUCUGUGUAUGACACAUCCAUGCCACGGCCCAGCAAAAAGAUGGUCCGGGGGGAGAUCCUGCCCAGUGCCUGGAUCCUGCAGCCCUUCAGCAUGGAAGGAAAGGACAUCACCAGAGUCGUCUUCUUGGCCCAGGUAGAGCUGGGUGCACCGGGCUUCCCCCCUCACCUCCUGAGCUCCUUUAUCAAACAGCAGCCGCUGGUUGUAGCCAAGCUGGCUUCCUUCCUUGGUAGCUAGCACUGCACAAUGGAGAGAGUGCUGCUGAGAUGCCAGCCCAGGAUGCCUCAGAGAUACUGCGGCCACUCCUUGGAGUUUGCACGGAGGCCAGGAGCCCAGGCUACCUGUGGGGGCGGACCACACAGCCGGCCUGGCCCAGGGUUGCCGGCAAAACCCAGUCACCUCGGGACACCUUUGCAGAGCCAGCGGCCUGAGCUCCAGAUCCUGGCUGUCCAGAGUGAAUGAAGCUCCACUCCCCGUUUAGAUCUCUCACCUUUAUUUCCCAUCUCCGCGACCGUGGCGCAUGCCCCAUUCAAGGACAGAACGGAGGCAGGGCUGCAGCGCCGCCCCAGCAAGCAGGCGCCGGCCACGGCCUCUCCGGAUCUCCCACUAGCAUCCAGCUCCACUUUGUGAUGGAGUAGCAGAAAGGACAAAACCAGAAAAAGGGUUAAAAAAAAAAAAAAAAACAGCUGCACAAACCAGAAUGCUGAUUCAGGUUUGUUUCUGUUCAAUGUUUGCAAACUGCUUAUGCAUUUUUGCUUUUUUCCUUUCCUUGAAGAGGGCAUUUGGGUCUUUGCACCAGUCAAGAGUGCUGAGCCGUGCGGAGCUCGGUGAGUUGGGAGACCUCCACACAAGCAGGUAGGAGACGGUCAGGGUGCAGGACCUCUCUGAGAGGCCCAGUGGGAGGAGAGGGCAGCCACACACAGAUAAGGCAAGGACGGGGGAGGCGGUGGCCAAAAACUGGUCAGCAGGAAGCUCAGGGGCGUGCCUGCCCGGCUCACUGUCCAUGGAGCUGCUCUGCUACUCCGAGGGGAUUCCGUGGUUUUAGCCUGGAUGAACAAUGGGUUCUGAAGGUUCUGGAUAAUCACCUGGAAGUGGCAGGGAGGGGCCAGAUUUCACCUUUUUUUUUUUCUUUUUUGUUGUUGCCAAGGUUUGGACUCAGGGCCUGUACUGUUCAGCUUGCUUGUGCUCUGUCAUUUGAGCUAUAACUCCAGCCUAGCUUUUUGUUGGUUAUUUUGGAGGUAGUGUCCUAAUUUUUCUCUGCCAAGGCUGGCUCUGGUCUUCCAGAUCACCACCACCUAAGCAGCUAGGAUUGCAGAUAUGAGCCAUUCACGUCCAGCAGGAACUCUUGGAGGUGUGUUGUCCCAAAUCUUUGGUGGAAAGGGAAACCAGAUGGGGACUGAGAAGGCGUGACCAAAUUAAAUCUCCAUGGCGAAGCAAAGAAUUUCCUCAAAGUGUUGCCAGGAUUUUCUUUUUCUCUUACCUCAGAUUAAGUUGUUUAUAUAUUAUUGAAGGUUUUAUAAUUUGCUUUUCAACGUUAACACCCUAUUUAUGUAUUUCCAGCUUUUUUCAUAUAAAUCUCACUACUGACCAAAAAGGUAAAAACAUCUAAAUUC